GAUUUCUCGAAGAUGCUCGCGCGAACGGAACAGGAAGAUGACGUCAGCAACGCAAUGCAUGUUGGGACUUUAGGAUACGGAAGCCUUGGUGGUAAGCGUUAUGGUGUCGGGCGAGACGUUGAAGUUUGAAUUUUACCGCUAAAAUGGUCAACUCUUGUUGUGUAAUAGACUGCCACAGCCGCACUUGCGACCGGCGUGGAAAACGCAUCUAUGUAGGAGUGCGGUAUUUUAGUUUUCCCACAUGGAAACAACACCAUGGACCCCAGAUCUCCGAGCUAACUAAGCGGCGUCGCAUGGCAUGGGUAGAAGCAGUGGGACGGGAAAGCAUCACAUUCGACUCCAUUUCCCAACACAUGUUUGUUUGUUCACGGCAUUUUCACUACGUCCAAAAGACGUCCAAAUGGCCGCUUGCUGUGUACUAAACUGUCACAACCGCAGUCACGAUCGACGUGGGAAGAACAUCUCAAAUGGAGUCCGCUUCUUUCGCUUUCCCACUUGGAAACAGCACUAUGGCGCGCAGAUGUCCGAGUUAACCAAACGGCGUCGCAUGGCAUGGGUUGCCGCAGUAAGACGACAAAACAUAAGUUUUAACCGGAUUUCCCGAGGCAUGUCUGUUUGUUCGAGGCAUUUCCACAAAGGAAAACCAGCCUAUGAAAUGCUGGAGUGUGAUCCUGACUGGGUGCCAUCAUUACAUAUGGGGCACUCGGAAAAAUCAACAGACACUAAGCGGUUUAAUCAAAGAAAAAAGAGAAAGAAAUCUCUCAUGGGGAACAACGCAGCAUUUGCACCACUUGAUCUAGACGACCAAAGAUCAGAUAUGGUUGAAGAUGUACCACAAGAUGAUGCUUUACAGAUGGAUGAAGUUGGCCUGAACACUGUCAAACAACAGGAAUGUGAUUUUUGUAGCUGCAGCAAUGCUGAACUUAACCGCUUGUUGGAGGAGAACAGGAUGUUAAAAAAAGAGCUCUCUCAACAGAAAAUGGAUGAGGAUUUUUUUAAAGCUGACGACAAGAAGGUUGAAUACUACACCGGGCUUCCAUCGUUUCCGGUUUUGAUGGGUGUGCUGGCACAUCUUGAUCCCUACCUGCCACAGGCCAGCCAAAACCUGUCACCUUUUCAGACACUCGUCUCAACUCUGAUGCAGUUGAAGCUGAAUCUCCCAGUCCAGCACAUUGCAUUCCUCUUCUCUGUGGAUCGAAAGACAAUGACCACCACAUUCAGAGAUACCAUAGAUGUAAUGUUUAUACGCCUCAAGCCUCUGGUGCACUGGCCCGAGAGAUAUGUCUUGCUAGCCACUUUGCCACAUCAGUUUGUAGAGGCUUUUGGCGAACAUGUAUCCAUUAUUGUGGACUGCUUUGAAAUGAACAUUGAAGGAGCAGUAAGUUUCAAAGCUGGAUCGCAUACAUUUUCCCGCUGUAAACACAAGGACACCCUGAAGUAUCUCAUUGGCUUUACGCCAAUGGGAGCGAUCGCUUUCGUUUCCCAAGGAUGGGCAGGUGGUGUCAGCGACAAGCACGUGACUGAGAAUAGUGGCCUUUUGAACCAAUUGUUACCUGGUGAUUUGGUUUUGGCAGGUCGUGGAUUUGACAUCAAGGACAGUGCCGGAUUGAUGUGUGCAGAAGUGAAAUCUCCUGCAGUGACAGGAGAAAGCAACCAGCUGGAUGUAAAAUAUGUGGAGGGGACACACCAUACAGCUUACAUCAAGGACCACGUGGAGAAGAUUAUUGGAACUAUACACGCAAAAAGCUCCAUACUUAGCAGAACUUUACCAGUGAGCAUGGUGCUCCCAUGUCCAGAUGAGGAUUUGUCAUUUUUUGACAAGAUAUUGACUGUGUGCUGUACUGUAACUAACAUGUGCCCUAGCGUUGUGAUGCCUUGGCUUAAACCAUGACAUGACAUAAAACAAUGUAAAUAUGUGUGAAUGGCAUAUCCUGCGUUAUAAGUGUUAUUCAAGUUGCCUUCCACCUGUUGCCGUAUUAAAUCACAAAAAGUACUUAUUA